ACGGUGGUGGUCGUAAACACAUUUCCAAAUUAUUACUCAAUUUUGAAGAUUCAGCCUUCAGGGCAUUACAUUUUUAGAGCUGGUUUGAUUUAAAGGCAUGAAAAGAGAGUUACAAACCAAAAAACAGGACAGUAUUUAAAUAAUGAAAUAGAAGUUACAAUUAUCUUCUUAAACUUUCCCCCAUGUUUAUGUUUUUGAAUAGUUGAAAGGAGGAUUAUAGUCAAAACUUUAUACAGCAAUUAUAAGCUAGACACGAAAGGUCCACAAUCUACUGUCAACCAUUGUUUUCUCAAUAAUGACUUAUUUUUUAUUAUUACAAAUGAAAACCCACAUUUAAUUAGACUCAUUCAUAUCGAUUAAAAAAAACAAUAGAUCCAUCCAUCGUCUUCCAUAUUCCUAUAAUAAAGAAUCUUAGACUCUUUCUCUCUAUUGAUCAUCACUGUGAUGGAAGUAGUGUCAGUGGCACAGAUGUUGUUUUUAGUUGUUUAUACAAUCGGCUUCUCAUCUGUGAUGGUAUCAUGUAAAUUCUUAUAUGGAACUGCCUCAUCUUCUUACCAAUUUGAGGGGGCUUAUUUGAGUGAUGGGAAAGGUUGGAAUAACUGGGAUGUUUACACUCAUAAACCUGGUACAGUAAUGGAUGGAAGUAAUGGGGAUAUUGCUGUUGAUCAGUACCACAGAUAUAAAGAAGAUAUCGAGCUCAUGGAAUAUAUGGGAGUCAAUAGCUAUCGUUUCUCAAUAUCCUGGUCAAGAAUUUUACCAAAGGGAAGAUUCGGGGAACUGAACAUGGCUGGCAUUCAGCACUACAACAACUUAAUCGAUGCCCUUCUACACAAAGGAAUCCAUCCAUUUGUGACUCUAAACCAUUUCGAUGUUCCUCAAGAACUUGAAGACAGAUACAAAUCUUGGCUAAGCACAGAAGUACAGAAAGACUUCAAAUAUUAUGCAGAUAUUUGUUUCAAAUACUUUGGUGACAGAGUGAAGUAUUGGACUACCUUCAAUGAGCCAAAUGUUAUAGCAAUAUGGGGCUAUAGAACAGGCCUUUAUCCGCCAUCUCGUUGCUCAAUUCCAUUCGGUAAUUGCAGCCAAGGGAAUUCAGAUACAGAACCCUUCAUUGCAGCCCAUAACAUUAUUCUCUCUCAUGCCAUCGUUGUUCAUCUCUACCGAACUGAAUAUCAGCAUAGACAAAGAGGCAGCAUAGGGAUUGCUCUGAAUGCUAUUUGGUUUGAACCCAUAAGCGAGUCUGAAGAGGAUAACUUAGCAACAGAGAGAGCUUUAUCAUUCUACAUGAACUGGUUCUUGGACCCGAUCAUGUUUGGAAAAUAUCCCGAGGAAAUGCAAGCAAUUUUGGGAUCCACCUUGCCUACCUUCACAGAAGAUGAUAAGAGGAUGUUGGACAAAGGAUUAGACUUCAUUGGAAUCAACCACUACUCAAGCUACUAUGUCAAAGACUGCAUAUAUUCACCAUGUGAACCAGGAAAAGGGGUUUAUAAAACAGAAGGUUCUGCCCUCUGGACUCAACUUAAGGAUGGAAAGUAUAUUGGAGAACCGACUACAAUCAGCUGGCUAAAGGUUUACCCACAAGGAUUGAAGAAUAUUGUGAUAUACCUCAAGGACAGAUAUAACAAUACCCCAAUGUUCAUCGCAGAAAAUGGAUUUGGUGAGUUUGAUCAAACAAAUUCAAAUCUUUAUUCACUUAAUGAUGUCAAAAGAGUAGAAUACUUGAAUUCCUACCUGGACGAACUAGCAUCAGCAACGAGGAAUGGAGCAGAUGUGAGGGGAUACUUUAUUUGGUCUUUGCUUGACAACUUUGAGUGGACCUCAGGGUACACUACCAGAUUUGGAAUUUACCAUGUCAAUUAUACCACUCUACAGAGGACACCGAAAUCUUCUGCAUAUUGGUACAAAGAGUUCAUUUCAGGCCAAAGUAUUGCUAGUUCACUACCUGUAAAUCAACUGAUAAUUGAAUAUAAUGAAACAUCAGUUGCAAAUGCAGUUCAAUGAACACAUGAAUACAAUAUGUGAGAUUAUUAUUCAUACUAUUUUCUUCAUUUAGUUGUAAAAAUUUGGGAUGCAUGUGCUUUACUUGGUUGUCAUAAUUUGUACAGUCAACGCGAUCUUUCCAUU